AUGCGGGACAUUGUGAUGCUUAGAAAUACUGUAUUAUCUGCGACUCCCUGUAUUAGAACUCUGGCAAAUAUUGCACGUACAAGAGGAAGUUUACCAAAAAGAAAUCAGCAAGAAGAUGAUGAGAGAAUAAGUUGUAUAUUGAAUGUUUUGAAUGCUACCAAGUACGAGCUUAUAUUACCUCCGAUCAGUCAACUGCGAAAAUGUUUAUACGUUUCAAAGUCAUCAAGAUUUAAAAUUGAUUCAAGAUUUUAUGGAUUCGCCCGUCUAGAGCUGGAAGGAAGCACGCUAUUGAAAUCGGAGUUCAUAGCGACCAAAAGUCAAUUAAAUGUUAUGAACAUGAGGAAAAAUAUGACUAGUUUACAGAAAGCUUUCAUGACCAAUCAUAGAACCAGGGAAGUCCUUAGUAGGUUUCUUCGAACGAAGGGUGUGAAGAAACUGGCGCGUUUUCCCCUUCCUCAUUAUGAACUUUCAUCAAAUGCUAUUACGCGAAUGGAUCUCUCUGUUUUUUAUACUGUAGUAGCCUGUUUGGCACAUUGCAAUGAAAAAAUGGUGAUGAGUGAAUUGAUUCAAAAUGAAAUCACCAAGCCUGCGAUAAGGAAGCUUUUCAGACUAUAA